UUAACCAAGUCUUUGCUGCGGGGCUGGUUGCAGUCUUCAACAGAGCCCGUCAGCGUGAGAGCCAUCACAAUGCCAGUGUAGUUUUCAAGCAUCGGGGUUUAAACAUAUUUUUGGAGUCAGCCUUGUCUUACUUUUUUUGUAAAAACAACGCGGUGGUUCCGAACUAUGACUGGAGUAUUCGACCGAAAGAUUUCGAGUGUCAAGCCUUCAGAUUUUCAAAGCUCUUUUCAACUUUCCACCAUGCAUCACCCGUCUCAGGAAUCUCCUACUUUACCCGAGUCCACGGCCACGGAUUCUGGCUACUACAGUCCUGCGAGUGGAAUUCCCCAUGGCUAUUGUUCGCCCAACUCGACUUCGUACGGGAAGCCUCUGAACGCCUACCAGUACCAGUACCAUGGCGUCAACGGAUCCGCUGGAAAUUAUACCGCGAAAGCCUACCCCGAUUACAGCUCUUACACGACCUCCGCCUACCACCAGUACGCCGGAACUUACAGCAGAGUACAGCCCCAGCCGAGCCCGCAAGAAAAAGAAAUCGCAGAGCCCGAGGUGAGGAUGGUGAACGGCAAGCCCAAGAAGGUCCGAAAACCGCGCACCAUCUACUCGAGCUUCCAGCUCGCGGCGCUGCAGAGGAGGUUCCAGAACACACAGUACCUCGCGCUGCCCGAGAGAGCCGAGCUCGCGGCGUCUCUGGGUCUCACACAAACACAGGUCAAAAUUUGGUUCCAGAAUAAGAGAUCGAAACUGAAGAAGAUCAUGAAAAACGGCGAGCUUCCCCCCGAUCACAGCCCCAGCUCAAGCGACCCAAUGGCCUGCAACUCUCCACAGUCCCCGGCCGUUUGGGACACACAGGUGGCCCCCAGGCCCCACAAUUUACCGCUUCAGAACAUCAACACGACGACAUCUAGCUUUUUGGAGAAUGCCGGGUCAUGGUACACGUCUUCGGCCGGUGGGUCGAUGAAUUCUCAUCUUCAGACCCCCAACUCAUUACAGCACUCAUUGGCUCUUGGAGCGGGGACGUUAUACUGAAUUUCUGAUGUUCAUUGAAAUAUUAUUUUUUUCCUUCUAUGGGACUCAUGUUAAAUUUUCAGAGGAAUAUGCAAUGUAUUUGAUUACAGUCAUAGAGGAAACGUGUAAAAUGUGUAAAUGUGUGCAUGUAAUUUAUUGCAUUUUGGAAGACUAUUAAACGUUUUAAAUGGACAAUGGAUUAAACAUUCUGUAUGCUAGUAAUGA